AUGGAAGACCUCCACACAAAGAGCGGCGGACGAGAAGGAGCAGCUUCAUGCUGCGGCCGCUGCCUCCCACGCGUCAGGACCCCUGCGGGCUACAGGGAGGAGAGCGUGGCGCUGCUGAGGCUGGCCGGGCCUGCGGUCAUUUCCCAGUUGAUGAGCUUCCUGAUCGGCUUUGUCAGCAUGGUCUUCUGUGGUCACCUGGGGAAGACGGAGCUGGCGGCGGUGGCGCUGGCGAUCGCGGUCAUCAACGUGUUUGGGCUCUCCAUCGGCGGCGGCCUGGCGCUGGCGUGCGACACGCUCAUCUCUCAGACCUACGGGAGCGGCAACGUGAAGCGCGUGGGCGUCAUUCUCCAGCGGGGGGUGUGGAUUCUGCUGCUGGCCUGCUUCCCCUGCUGGGCCCUGCUCCUCAGCACGCAGCCCCUGCUGCUGGCGGCCGGGCAGAGCGCCGAGGUGGCCAGACUCUCGCAGCUCUACGUGAAGAUCUUCAUGCCGGCGCUGCCCGCCUCCUUCAUGUACGUGCUGCUGGCGCGGUACCUCCAGAACCAGAGCAUCAUGUGGCCUCAGGUGGUAUGUGGGGCGGCGGCCAACCUUCUGAACGUCGUGGUCAACUACGUCUUCCUGAGCGUCCUGGACAUGGGGGUUGCAGGAUCGGCCGCUGCGAACGCCGUCUCUCAGUACUCUUCUGCCACCUUGCUCUUCGUCUUCAUCUGCGGCAGAGGGCUGCACAGAGCCACGUGGGACGGCUGGUCCCGGGACGGCGCGCAGGAGUGGGGGCCCUUCGUGCAGCUGGCGGUGCCCAGCAUGCUGAUGUACUGCCUGGAGUGGUGGCUGUACGAGGUGGCGGGGGUCCUGGCGGGGCUCCUCAGUGAGGAGGAGCUGGGCGCGCAGUCCAUCGCCUACGAGCUGGUCGCUAUUGUUUACGUGGUGACUGCGGGUUUCUCGGUGGCGGCAAGCGUUCGGGUGGGAAGCUCUCUGGGCGCCGGACACACCGACCGAGCCAAGCUGUCGGCCAAAGUCUCCAUCCUGUGCACCUUGAUCUUCUCCAGCAUAACUGGAGCCUGUCUGGGCCUGAGCCACGGCGUGAUCGGCUACAUCUUCACCAGCGAGCGGGACAUCAUCCGGAGGGUGUCCGACGUGAUGAAGAUCUACUGCGUUGCCCAUGUGGUGGAGGCCAUAGCGGGCGUCACCGGUGGGAUUGUCCGAGGAGCCGGCAAGCAGAGAGUGGGGGCGGCCGGCAGUCUGCUGGGCUUCUACCUGGUGGGGCUGCCGGUGGGACUGCCGCUGAUGUUCCUGACUGACAUGGGCAUCUUGGGAUUUUGGAGCGGGAUUCUGAUUUCAGUGGUGGUGCAGUCGCUCUUCUUCUCGCUUUUCCUGUGGAAGCUGGACUGGAAAGAAGCCACAGCUGAGGCCUUGGUGCGAGCGCAGGUGGCUGAGAAGAACCACGCCCAGCAACACGCGGCAGAGGAGCAGCAAGGGGUUCGGCUGUCGGUCCGGCAGCUGCUCCUGCGGCGGGGCCUGGCGGUGGUGGCCAUGAUGGCCGUCCUGGCUGCCGGGGUCUUGCUGGACCAGCCUCACGCCAUGCCGCGGUGGUGCGGGGACCUGGACGCCGGCGGACACGUGCUGCCCUCGUCAAAGACCAGCUCCAGGUCUCACUCCUUUGAUGUGACAGUGAUGAAAGGUGAGGACGCCGGAGCUGGCUGGCACGUCAUGGAGAGCUCUCGCUCCCAGGACAGGGGAAACCAAGGGCCAGGGGUCACGCGGUGA